UGUAGCUUGGACUAGUUUUUCAGCGUCACUCCUGGACAAUUGGUUUUGGAUCAAGUGGAGCAAAAGCUGCGUCAUCGUGCAUGAUUCAGCAGCUAAUUGGUUUCCUCCUCCACCUGAGCAGCUGUUGACCUGCUCUGCUCAUUGUUAGGCUGUCACCUAAUCUCCGCCCUAAACAGAGAUUAUUCUCUUCUCUGUUGCUCAGUGGGAGCCGAUUACUCUGUCUGAGCAUAAUUUACACAAACUGGGCUGGACCCCAGCCCAGGUGGGCCCAGCCUAGCUGGGGAUGGGGCCCAGCAAGCAGGUGGACGUGGACUAAUGUAUUCAAUGCUGCGCUGCAGUUGAAGGGAUAAACCCACUAGCCUUAAAGGGCUGCACUCAUAGAAUCAAAAAGUUCCUGUCUGAGUUUAAACACUCAUUAAACUUAAUUAAUUCAGGAUCGUUAAUCUGUUCUGAUCAUAUGUCUGGGCUCUCCUCCUUUCUGUCUCUGUCCCUCUUAGCUUUGCUGCCCCCUGCUGGUUACGAUUGCUCCUGCAGUGUUCCUGUUGGUGCUCAAUGAUGAAUAAAGUUGGAUUGGAUUGAACCUGUUAAUCUGUGGGAUUAGUCGGGCGUUCAGACUGUCAGCAGAUUAUCUGUUAAUCCCACUUCAGUCGAGAUGUCGGUCCAAAGGAACACGGUUCUGCUCUCAGUUCUGCUCCUGGUGUCGAUCACAUCAGGGUCAGCAUUCGUGGAGGAACUAGAUGACACCUUCAUGGAAACAAAAGAACCAGAUGAGAUCUGGCUCAUCCAGUUUUACGCCCCCUGGUGUUCCUUCUGCAAACAGCUGGAUCCUGUAUGGCACAAGAUUGGAUCAGAACUCCGGAGUCUUGGUUCACCGAUUCGCGUUGGCAAAUCAGAUGCUACAGCCAACACUGCUUUGGCCAAAGAGUUCAAAGUCCGAAAUUAUCCUGCCAUCCUCAUGUUGAAGAACAAUGUGAAGUAUAACUAUCCAGGAUCAAGGACCAAAGAUGGAAUUUUGGACUUUGCUGACCGGGUUUCAGGGCCGCUGGUUCGUUCUCUAAGCAGUACGCGCCUCUUCCAACAUGCCAUCAACCGCCAUGAUGUCAUUGUUGUUUACGUAGGAGCAACAUCAGAGCUCAAGGGAAAUUUGACAGCUGCAGCGGAGGAACUAAUUGUCCACACAUACUUCUUCUCUGCCAGUAGAGAGGUUCUACCAAAGGAGCUGACCCUGACUUCUCUGCCAGCUGUGCUGCUUUUUAAGGAUGGGACCCACUUCAUUUAUGACAAGGAACAAGACGGAGAACUUAAGUCAUGGAUCAAAAGAGAACGCUUCCCGAACGUCUUUCUGAUUGACAGCUACACUCUGUAUGCCAUGGGGGAGUCAGGUAAACUGGUGUUAUUGGCUCUGCUGGAGGAGAGUCACCUGUGUGAAGAAAGUCUCAGGUAUAAGCAUCUGUUGGAGAAGGUGGCCACAGAGCACAAAGAGACUUACAACAGGAAGUUCUACUUUGGCUUCAUGGAGGGCAGCGGGUACAUUGAUGGACUCAUCAUGGGGGAGGCUGUUGUCCCCUCCUUCAUUGUGGUUAACCUGUCCAAUGAUGGUUACUUCCUGCCGCCAGGCCCCAUAGAAACAGAGCGUCACCUGCUGCACUUCCUUGAUGGUGUUCUGGAUGGCAGGGUAGAGGGUCAGGGAGGAAAUGACUUCACUCAGCGUGUCAGACGCUUCGUUUACGAGACCAGAAUGACACUAACGAACCGACCCACUUCAGCUGAUGACUACGAGGAUGCUCCUCUGCUGGCGCCGUCGCUGCAACGCAAGAAAAAACUGGCAGAAAAGAAGUGUGACUGAGUGACCACACCAAUAUGUAAUGUAACCAGAGUUUAGGUUCUGUUCCAGCACUGGUCUGUGUUUAUGUCAAAACCUGUAUCUGUCCUUAGACCUGCAAGAAAAUGUUCUGAUUAAACCCAGAUGUGAUUACAACCAGGAACUUUCAUGAGUCAGUUUCCUUUUAGUAACAAAUAAAAAUUAACAUUUGUGAAAUGUC